GUGAUUACACGUGUUUCGGUACUCUUCGCUACGCUCCUCGGUGCCGUCGCUCCGCUCCGUAAAUCGAAAAUAUCCCCCGAUUUGUUGUGUAAAACCACCUCAGGUGAACCUCGGUCUCCCUCAAUAUUGCGAAAACUUACCGUUCAAUAGUUUUGGAAAUUUAAAGUUGCAGUGAUUACGCGUUUAUCGACACUUGUUGCUACGUUGGCCACGGUCAAAACAUACUUAGAGUUUGGCGAAAUAACUUACCUCGUGAACAGUAAGAUUUUUGCGAUGGCUGUAAAUUUAUUUGAUUUGUGAGAGUGGAGUUCCAUGGAUAAUGGACUCAGUUUAAUAAAUUAAUUAAUAGAGUUUCAAGUACUUUCUGUCUCACGUAAAUGCCCGAGGGGUCAUGAUAUGAAAAUGAUGAAAGACAGUAACGUUCUCGAUAAUUUUAAAUGGAUUUGUCGCGAAAAAAUUAGAGAGAAAAAACAAACCGCAGAACCUUGUAAUUACAGUGCAUCAUUACGUAAAAAUACUUUUCUACAAGUCAUAUUUAUCACUAUUGAAUAUUUGUGAAUUCGUAAAUUUAUGGUCGAUGAACUGUCCUUCCAUUGUCAUUCAAAAACAGCUUCGAUUGGCAAAUCAAACCGUGGUAGAUUGGAGUUCGUUCUGCAGGGAAGUGGUAUUCGACCAUAUGAUGAAAAAAAAAAAAAAAAAUUGAAAAACAUUGGAGAAGUCGUCGAAAUAGAUGAAUCUGAAUUUGGACGCCGUAAGUAUCACCGAGGACACCGGGUAGAAGGCCAGUGGGUUUUUGGCGAUUAUGAACGUGGAAGCGAAGAUUGCUUCCUAAUUCCAGUGGAAGACCGAAGCGCAGAAGCACUUGUCAGGAUAAUCGAAGAAUGGAUAACACCAGGCACAACGAUUAUUUCCAAUUGCUGGAAGGCAUAUAGCAGAUUGAAUGAAAAGGUUUAUAAUCAUUUCACGGUUAACCAUAGUGUUAAUUUUAAGGACCCAGAGACAGGUGCACACUCCAACACCAUCGAAAGCACUUGGCACCAUGCUAAAGUAACAUUACCGAAUUAUAAAAGAAAAAAAGAAUUCUACGGAAGGUACCUGGCAAUAUAUAUUUUCCUGAAAAAAUUUCGUAAUCAUGAACUAGACCCUACCGUACAAUUUUUUAAUACUGCUGGGUCAUUGUACAGCGUACAUAACAAUGUAGAAAAUGUUGAUGUAUAGGCUGAAGAACAACAGGCAGAUGACGAAAAUGGUGAAGAAGAGGAAAACUAUUGGUAAAUUCUUAAAAUGGCACCACUCAGAGAACCAUUAAGAACAUUAAGACAACAUAUUCCAAUAACUAACCUGCCAAUAUCGUGAUGAUCGGAUCAAUUCUUUAAGCAAAAAAAUGGUCAACAAAGGUGGUAUCUGACAUGCAGGACAAAACCAAAUAUGUUUA